AUGGCAAAGACUGUCCCAUCGCUUCCCCACGCCGAAGACAACUCGGACAAUUCAGAUAGUGAGGCUGAGGAGACACCCAGCAUCGUCACCAUCAUUCCCACCAUCGUCGAUAUGACUCCUCCUCCACCCAUCGCGGCCAGCCUAGUUGAGCCAGGCACGAUCCCUGAGAUCAAAGAUGUCUACAAAGGCAAAGCGAGUUGUCCAUGCUGCAUCACAUGGUCAGCCGAGCCUCAAAAGAAGAUCACGACUCAAGCUGCCACCGACACGUCCGGCUACGCUAUUCUCGCUCGUCAGACCGAGGGUCAUGGUGACUUCGGCCGAGAGUUAAAACUCCAUUCUAUGGUUAUCCAGAGCGAGUUGAUCAAGGAAGUCCUCAACGUUGUCUUGAAAGGCUAUCCCGGAAUCACGACUGGUCUCGAGCACUUGACUGUCGAAGCUCCAUUCGCAGCUUUCUAUCACCGCUGGGCUGAGCUCACUGACGCCUAUGAAGCCUCGACUGAUACCACUAGAGAGCAUUUGACGCUCCUCAUCACUCUCCUCCAUGUCGAGUUUGAGGGAAUGCACAAGACGGUUGCUGAUCUGCUCAAGAACAAUGUCAUCGAGUAUAAGUACAUCUGGGCCAUUUUCCAACCGGGAGAGCAUAUAGUCACUGAUAUGCAUGGUCAAGAUACCGUUAUGCUCUUGGAGUCAGGUCUUCCUUACGACGAGACGCAAUACGGUGGUGGACACCGCGGGUGGGCAUUGAGUGCCAAGCACAUCGACUACAAUGGCUCCAUGACCGGAUUUGGCACGACUAAGAUCAAAGUCCAAGAGUUCAAGGGAACAAUGGCUUUGAGUGAGUUGGAAGCCAUUCCGCUGGACCAACAUGAAGACAAGAAAGGAAUGGUAACCAGAUUGGUGGAGCGAGGAAGACAAUUCGCUGCCCUGAGAACUGCUACUUUCCAAGAAUACUCCGGACGAGCAGUCCUCAAAGAAGACAACAGCUGGGAUGGCCACGAUACACAGGUCAACGGCCGAGUAAUGGUCGACCCAUUCGCCUACUUCCAAUUCAACCGCCACGACAACCUCGCCCUCCGCCCCCUCACAGCACCACCCCCCAUGGUCGAUACCACCAUGUUCAUCCCGCACCAUGGGCCCCCACCCCCUCUUCCCCCGCCAGGCGGACCAAGAAUGAUGAUCCACCAUCACCGUCCACCACCACCUCCUCCUCCGUGCCGCUACGACGACGACGGGAACCCGAUUUACGAGAAGAAGCAACGACCCGCUGACACCGAGCUCGCUGAGCUAUCUGACGAGGAUCUCUUGAUCACUGUCCCUUUCGUGAGGGGAUAUUCAUUUAAGAGCAAAGAAUGGGUCCACCUAAACAUAACCAACCUCCGCCCCGUCCACUGGACCCUCGACCUCUUCAGCAACCUCGUCCUCCCGACCGAAGAAAAAUCCCUCCUCCUCUCCCUCGCAAAAUCGCACUCCCGCUCCACAACCCACUUCGACGACUUCGUGAUCGGCAAAGGACGCGGCAUGAUCGUGCUCCUCGACGGUCCUCCCGGCGUCGGAAAGACCCUAACCGCGGAAUCGGUCGCGGAGGAGAUGCGGGCCCCGCUGUAUACGAUGAGUGCGGGCGAAUUGGGCACCCAGGCGGAUGCCGUGGAGGGGAAGCUGGGGGAUAUUUUGGAGAUGGCGACGAUGUGGAAGGCGGUUCUUUUGAUUGAUGAGGCGGAUAUCUUUUUGGAGCAGAGGGGGAGUGGGGAGUUGGAGAGGAAUGAGUUGGUUGCUAUCUUCCUCCGCCACCUCGAAUACUUCAAAGGCCUCAUGAUCCUCACCACCAACCGCAUCGAAACCAUGGACCUCGCCUUCGACUCGCGCGUCGACAUCCGCUUGCACUACCCCGCCCUCGACGCCGCUGCCCGUCGACAGGUCUGGGUGAAUUUUGUUGCGAAAUUACCUCGAGCAGGGGGACAGGAAACUGUUUUCAGCGAACAGGAACUAGAUGAACUAGCGAGGUUAGAGUUGAAUGGGCGACAGAUCAAGAGCGCGGUGAAGACGGCGCAUUUGCUGGCUAGUGGGAUGGAGGAGGGGACGCGGUUCGAGCAUGUGAGGACUGUGUUGAGGAUUACGAGGGGGGUUCUGGUUUGA